AUGGUAUAAUUAAACAUCACAUCGCUUCGCGUUCAAGAUAAAAUUCAGUCACACGUUAGCCCAGGAUAUACUAAUCUGAGCUGUCAAAAUAAUCAAUAGUUGAUUUCAUAUAAUACUUGGUCCACUUCGGAACGAAAUCAAUCUUGAUCUGACUCGCAGUAUUUGGUGACAGGGCUUCGAUUAAGAGUCUUUAACGUCAGAGAUUUCACUCAAAACUUACACAACUCAGCAUGAAAGACGACAUCGAAUUCCACACCAAUUAUGGAGAGACCACUUCCUCCUCACUUGAGCUCCUCGCAGCAGGCGAUACAAUCCCAAUCUCAGACGUGAGGGGUCCCCUCGACCCAGAAGUGUUGCUAAACUUCCUCAGCUACCACCGGGACUCUUAUGGGCCCAUGAAUAACAUGGAGAAAAAUGUAUACGCUCAAGCUAUCAGAGAUUUGGCAGAGCUAAAGAAGAAACCAAAGGUUUUGAGGAACUGCAGGCUGGAUAUUAUUAUACCAGGCGACCGCGCUUUGUACACACGCAGUUUCCGCUGUGGCAACGGUGAGAACCGAUUCGUAGUCUCAGCCAACCAGGACGGAGAAGCAAGCAAAAUGCAUCGAACUCACAAAUCAUCUGCCGAACAGUGGGCCGAGAAAAACCUGUGGCACUACCUUCUCAUUUUCUUCAUAACUACAGUAUUCAUGGCUGUAAUCGCAGGAGUCGCGUUUAAACUCAAAACCACUCCGAUGACAGCAAGACUCGACGGGGUUUUGCACUCUCGAAUCGCACUUGCAGACGUGUCGCACGAUCCUUACGUUGACCCCAACUUCCACGACUAUCCCAGAGGAAAACUCUACUAACUGCACUUACAAAGUACUCAUAGCUUUUCCUCAUAACUUCAGCUAAAUUUCAUUAUUUUUGGGUGAAAAUGUAUAUUUUCUUAGAAAUAAAUUCAUCGAUGAUUUUGAAAAAUGUCGACAAAAUAAACAUUGUAUCAUUAUAA